UCGGGAUCAAGUAUUUCGAUCGCGCUAAAGGGAAUUUGGGAUCAUGGAUGGAGCCAAAAUGGCGUAGUUUCGUUUCCCUCUAGGUGAGGAAAAACCUCUAUGAUUCUCACAAUGGAUUUUAAGCCUUUUAGCCCGGAUGAGGCCAGAAGGAUUGUCCAGUCUCUGCAGAAACCUGCUGUUUACCUGAACAUGACCAAAGACUGGCCAUCUUUAAACUGGACAGUCAAACACCUGUCUUCUUGCCUUACAGACAGGAUACGAUUUCGGAUUGGAAAAAGAACUGAGGAUAGGGCUCCUCUUUUUGAAACGGAGUGCUCUUACAUAGAAGCAACCCUUAAGGAGUUUCUACACUGGACUGCCAAUGAUGGAGAAUCAUCUGCUGGGCCAUUUUCUGACUGUGAAUUCAGAGAAUUCUGGGCCUAUGCAGAUUACAAGUAUAUUGCCCAGCUUUUUCAUGAUAAACCAGCCAUGUUUCAGGAUGUGGUGUGGUCAGACUUUGGCUUCCCCGGCCGAGAUGGACACGACAGCACUCUUUGGAUUGGCACACAGGGUGCUAACACACCAUGUCACCUCGAUUCUUAUGGUUGCAACCUUGUUUUCCAGAUCCAAGGCAGGAAACGAUGGCAUCUCUUCCCCCCUGAUGACACAGCCUGCCUCUACCCGACACGUAUACCCUAUGAGGAGUCCAGCGUGUUCAGCCGUGUCAGUGUGGUCCAGCCGGACCUGAAGAAGUUUCCAGCUUUCAGAAGAGCUCGAGCCCACACGGUCAUUCUGCAGCCUGGUCAGGUUCUGUUCGUCCCCAGACACUGGUGGCAUUAUGUGGAGUCACUGGAUCCAGUAACCGUCAGCGUAAACUCUUGGAUCGAGAUGGAUAUCGAUGAUGAGGCCAGAGUACAAGAAGCUCUCACUAAAACCAUUGUGUGUGCCCUAAAAAGUCCCCCCAGCUCAGACAACGACGACCACUGGCUCAAUCCUACAGAGGAACGAGUUUCAUCCCAUGAUGAAAACAUGCAGUAUUUGAACCUAGCUGCUAAAGCCUGUAUGGACAAGACCAGAGACCGCACAGAAGACGGGACCUUGCUCGCAGGGUCUGGAAAACGUGACUCCAGCGGACUGUUGAAGACUCUGGCGUCUGACUUUUCUUUUGUGAUUCCCUUUGGACCUCAUCUUAUUCCUGUUAAUUGUGAAGUACAUUUGGCUCACAAACCCAGAUGUACCUGCCCAAAAGACACAUCAUAUUCUCGAGGGUACAAAGACCCCUCACUAUGCCAAACUUUAUCAGCACAUAUUGAAUGCAAAGGGGAACCUGGAUGCGAUGGUGAACUUCUUGAAAGUUCGAGGCUUCGUGCACAUCAGGAACCUGGAAGUUCAGAUAGGCGAGAGGCUGGUGUGCACAUAUCUACCAAUGACAUGAUAGAGUGCUUGGCACACCCUGAUGUCAUCGCCCUGAUUACAAGACUACUCAUGCAUCGACAAAGAGAACUUCACCAGUAAUAAACUGCAUUUUAUUAAACAUCUUCUACAAAUAAAAGAUACCAUAUUGAUUAUG